AUGAGUCUCUUGCCAACAGAGCAUCCAAUAAUGGUCACAUCAUCGACAUGUACGCCUGUGCUCUUGAUCAGACCGGUCUGCUGGAGAUGAAGUGCUGUGCCAACUACACCGGAGGCUACAUGGUGAUGGCGGACUCCUUCAACACAUCUCUGUUUAAACAAACCUUCCAAAGAGUGUUCACCAGAGAUGUCCAGGGGUCUUUUAAAAUGGCUUUCGCCGCCACACUGGAGGUCAAGACUUCCAGAGAGAUCAAGCUGUCCGGAGCCAUUGGACCUUGUGUGUCUUUGAACGCUAAAGGACCCUGUGUCUCUGAGAGUGAGAUCGGUACCGGAGGAACAUGUCAAUGGAAGAUCUGUGGUUUGGAUCCCAGCACCACACUGGCUCUUUACUUCGAGGUCGUCAACCAGCACAAUGCUCCGAUUCCUCAGGGAGGCCGUGGAGCGAUCCAGUUCGUGACUCAGUACCAGCACUCGUCAGGACAGAGACGCAUCAGAGUCACCACCACCGCCAGGAACUGGGCAGAUGCUCAGACUCAGAUACAGAACAUCGCUGCGUCUUUCGACCAGGAGGCGGCGGCUAUUUUGAUGGCGAGGCUGGCAGUGUACCGUGCGGAGACAGAGGAGGGGCCAGAUGUUCUGCGAUGGUUGGACAGACAGCUGAUCCGUCUGUGUCAGAAGUUUGGAGAUUAUCACAAAGAUGAUCCAAAUUCCUUCAGGUUCUCCGAGACCUUCUCCCUCUACCCUCAGUUCAUGUUCCACCUGCGGCGCUCUCCGUUCCUUCAGGUGUUCAACAACAGUCCAGACGAGAGUUCGUACUAUAGACAUCAGUUCAACAGACAGGACCUGACUCAGGCUCUCAUCAUGAUCCAACCGGUUUUGUACGCCUACUCCUUCAAUGGGCCGCCAGAGCCCGUCUUGUUGGACAGCAGCAGCAUCCUGCCGGACAGAAUCCUCCUGAUGGACACAUUCUUUCAGAUCCUCAUUUACCACGGAGAGACGGUGUCUCAGUGGAGGAAGGCUGGUUACCAGGACGUCCCCGAGUAUGAAAACUUCAAACACCUUCUUCAGGCUCCAGUGGACGAUGCUCAGGAGCUGCUACACAAUCGUUUUCCGAUGCCCAGAUACAUAGACACAGAGCACGGAGGCAGCCAGGCUCGUUUCCUGCUCUCCAAAGUGAACCCCUCCCAGACCCACAACAACAUGUACACCUGGGGGCAGGAGUCUGGAGCUCCCAUCCUGACUGACGACGUCAGUCUACAGGUGUUCAUGGAUCAUCUGAAGAAACUUGCUGUCUCCAGUGCCGCCUGACCCCAUCUGUCCUCACCUGUCCUCACCUGUCCCCCGCCUGUCCCCCACCUGUCCUCACCUGUCCCCCGUCUGUCCUCACCUAUCCCCCACCUGUCCCCCGUCUGUCCUCACCUGUCCCCCACCUGUCCCCCACCUUUCUGCGUUUUGUGUAAUGGUUUGUUUUGUUACUAACCCCGCCCACUGUCACCUGUCAGUCUCCAGGUAGCAGCCAAUCAGCAGCAGCUUCAGGGCAGUGAGAGCCAAUCAUGUUGCUCUAACUAGUGAGUGACAACUGAUCAUGUGACUGUGGCGAGCAGUCGUGAUCAAAUAAAAGCCUCCGUGUGAUUGGUCCAUUCAAAGCAGUAGAAACAGCUAAUAAAUGAAUCAUGUGAUCAAUCUUGAACUUUAAGUCUUGAACCUGUUCACACCAGCAGGGGUCAGCUUCAUGUCACGUUCUGACGUGUGGACGAUGUCGGUUUUAUUUUAGUUUCUAAUAAAGUUUGAACAAUUAAAUGUGA